AUGUCAGAGACCUCUAUCACGCCUCAAGGUGAAUCCAGUUCAGCCCAGUCGCUUCCGACACAGCAGUUGAACCGCUCCUGCGAGUCCUGCCGCAGCCUGAAGGUACGGUGUCUGCCCAACCCGUCCACGCCAAACCAAUGCCAGCGAUGUGCAAAGGGUAAAAAGGCCUGUGUCUUCGUGGCCCCUCAGCGGCGUCGACCGCGGAAACGUACCGAUUCGCGAGUGGCUCAGCUUGAGAAGGAAAUGCGUAUGAUGCGUUCUCUACUGAAGGAUCGUAUCCGCGAGGAGAGCGAGCCGGAGUCCCCCGAGGGUAGCGAGGGUUCUCCCGAUGAGUCCGGCGAGAUGGACUUUCACGAUCAUCUGGGGCCUCUGCCGGAGGAAGCGGCCAGUGCAACGGGUUCAGUCAGAUUUAUGGACUAUUCGCCCGAGUUUGUGAAUACUGCUCACCCGGGUAUGGGCGGGAGUGGCCCCCUUUCAGCGCCCCCGUCCAUGUCCGGGUUGCACAUGAACUUUUCGCCUGACGCAAAUAGGCCCCCUGCGGAAGACGUGGUGGAUCGGGGUAUUAUCUCGCUGGAGGAUGCAGAGCAGCUGGUGGCCUUUUUCCUACAUGAACUGGCUUCAUUCUUCCCGCUGGUCGUUCUGCCCUCUAGCACCACGGCUGCACAGCUGCGGCAGACGAAGCCGAUCCUUUUCCUCUCUGUGAUUUCGGCGGCGGCUAUCUCGAUCGAUGCGGGGCUAGCGGGUGUGUUGAAUCGUGAGAUGGUUCGGCUCUAUGCAGAGCGGUUCUUCAUCGAGGGAGAAAAGUCGCUGGAGUUGGUGCAGGCCUUGCUGAUUAUGAUCAUCUUCUAUUACCCGCCCGGUUCGCCCUUAAAGUUGCAGUUUUAUCAGUAUACCCAUAUUGCCUCGACGAUGGCGUUGGAGAUUGGCCUGGCCACGAAACGGCGGGUCUCGAAGAAGAAGUCCGACCGGAAGAACCGGCAUGAACCAUACGAUGAACUUUUGGCCGAACAGGCAAGGGCAGUUCUGGGGUGUUAUCAUCUGGGGUCAACUGUGGCCAUGAAAACCCGUCGACCCAAUCUCCUUCAGUUCAACGACUGGAUGAAUGAGUGCGUGCAGCAACUAGAGCGAUCCCCGCAUCGGACAGAUCAGCAUCUGGCCAUCUGGUUCGAACUGCAACGGAUCACGGACGAGGCCAUGUCCUCAUUCGGCUUGGACGACACGAGUGCUUCGUCACCCUUGACCGAGUCGCGUGUCCAAGCAGUACUGCGAUGGUUCGACAAGCGAAUGGAGGCGUGGAGGAAGAGCACUCCAACCGACAUGCUCACGGUCCCUAUGAUCCUCGAAUACCGAUCCGCAGUCCUAGCCAUGUACGAACUCGGCGUGGGAGAAGGCUACCGUGAUCCUGACGCUGUUAAAAAGCGGUACUUCACUCUUCCAACCCUAGACGAAGACGGCAAUCAGCCUUUGGGUCCACAGAUGAGCGCAAUCCGCAUCGACAUCAACGUGAAAUGGAUGAACGCGGCGCACGAAUUGCUCGACGCCGUCUUGACCUGCAGCGUGGACACGAUGCGUAGAAUGCCGAAUCUGACGUACACCCGGUUCGGCAUGGCUGUGACCUCCCUGCUCAAGAUCCAUUUCUCCGUGCGAACGGGCGCCCUCGGCGAGGUAGUCACCCCGGAAACUGUGAAUGUGGGCUAUUACCUCGACGCGAUAGCGAAUAAGCUGGGCGAGGCGAGCGGCGGCGGCAAAUACAUGAUCCCGAGUCGAUGGUAUCAUGUGGUAGCCGUCAAGGGCCGGGACUGGCAUGAUCGGUUGGAGAAGAGGUAUACCGGGGGCGGCGCCGGUGAUGCGAUGGUAUCUAAGGGUUCAUCCACGGAUACUAAACAUUUGGCUUCGACGGGCCAGCUACCAGGCUCACAGGAACAGCCUGCUCAUCUGGACCACCCGGUCAAUCCAUCCGCCGUAGGCUCAUUCACGGCACCACAGGGAUUAGCGCAUAUGCCACCUGGUAUGGAGAAUAUGCGAGAUGGAUAUGUGGCUAUAGGUGGUACAGCCAUGUGGCCCAUGGACGAGAGCCAUGCUCAUGGUCAUAGUCACAGCCACGGCCAGUUUUUCCAGUCCAUGCCUGGGGGUUACCAACCCACUCACCAGCCAGCAACGACAGUGGCUCCUCAGUUUGGAUAUGAUCCUCAACGAAUGCCUCCGCAUGGCGGAGGUCAGAUGCCCGGCACAGGCAUGGAGCUGGACGGGUGGCUUCCGGAUGGGAGUAUCUUCGGUAUGCCUCCGCUGCCGGAAUUUUGA